AAAGACAAAAAGCAGCGGUCACACUGCUGUGAAAGAGAAAAUUGAGGGAAUAUAAAUAACUUGUAAGCGAUAAACAAGACGAUUUGAGGAUUAAUAUCAUACACCAAGGACACAUCGGAAUGGAACGCAAUAACGGACGCUACCCCUACAAUAUACGCCGCCAGAACAGCGGCGGCGGUGGCCACAAUGCUAUCCACAGCUACCACCACCACCAUCACAGCAACAAUAACAACGUCGGCUCAUCCUCGUCACCGGCGGGGGCGACGUCCAGUGCACCUGGCUAUAGCAAUCACAGUGCCGGCAACUCACCCUCAUCACUGGGGGGGCACAGCAGCAGCAGCAGUAAUAACAGCAACGCCGGUGCGACCUAUGGCCAAGCUGGUGCCCAGACCCAGAGCCUGCCACUGUCGCAGCACGAUGAGCUGAUCCGAUACAUUCAUGAGGCCUGGAACAAGGUUAAGGAGCAGGGCCCACCUGUGAUCUACUGCAACGAAUCUGAUAAUCAGCUGAAAAACUUCAAGCCAUUCGAUCUGGAGGAGUACUGGGGACAGCGCCUGAUCCAGAACAUUCAUGUGACGCCCACACAGGCCGGGGGACACCAGUAGAAAUGGGAAUCUUACAGACGGACUACGGCAUGUGCUUCAUGUGCUAACAAUUAAUUAAAUUAUACACAAAAAAAGAAACGGAAGGGGUGCCAAAUAUUCCCCACAAGGAUUAUAUAUUGACUACUUUACACUUUUAUUUUUGUGCGCCUUUGUUUUGGACUAUUAAAUGUGUAAAAAAUUUAUCUAAAAAAGAGAAUCCACUGCCAGCUGAAAGGCAAAUGAUACAUUCAAUAAAGCGAUGAUUGGCUGACUUUUUCUCCCCCUCAAUGGCACCCCCACCAUUUAGCAUGCUGUCUGCAUUUAAGUGUUAAGCAUUAAGCGCGCUUUAAAUUUUGACCAGAACAAAAAUAAACAACUUUAAGAGCGUAGAAAAAUAUAUA